AUGAUAAAAAUGAAUAUCAGAUAGAAGAAUACCCUUUAGAUUGAUUAAGCUAUAUAAAAAUCAAACAAAGAUUUCCUUAAUGAAAAGUAGGUUUCGCAUAAAAAGGUAUAUAGUAAAGAGAUAGAGUUUAUUGGUCAAUUGAUUGAUUAACUUAAAGAGAUUAAGUAGUAGAAAAUACAUUUUUAAGAAAGUAAUGAAAAAUUAUAGCAAAACAUGCUUAAUAAGAUAAAUAACUUUAUACUGAUGCUUACAGAAUUCAGCAUAUUAGAUAGGCUUUAAAGUAGAAUUACUCUAAAUUAACAAAUAACUAAGAAAUAGAAUUUAUGA